ACAAACAGAGGGGGGGCGAAGGACGGCGCGAGUUAGCACGGAGAGAGACAGGCGCUCUCAUCAGUGACGGACUCACCGGCUGUGUGGACAGAGCUGUGUCGCAGGAGGAGGAGGAGGAGAAGUGCAACGGGAGGUACAAGCCGCCGGAAAAAUCCGAGCAAAAAAAUUGAGGAGCAAACCGCGAGAGACCUGGAGGGAGGAAUGAGAGAUCAGUGAGGGGAGAGAAGUCAUUCGGAGCGGGGAGAGGGAGGAUUGAGCUGACAAGGACACAGAGGGAGGAAAGUGCACAAAGAACCCUUCCCCGACAACGGGGGAAAAGCGAAGGAGUGCGUUCGGAAAGUGAAAAAGAAGAAGGAGAGGAGGUGGAUGAGAAAGAAAGGAGACUGACAGGAGUUGAGCUCACGGGGCUUGACUGACACAAGAGCGAGGCGGAGGAGGAGGAGCGUGCGGGCAAGUUGAUGAAUUUGAUAUGGGGAGAGUAUUUUUAGAAGGAGGAGCAGAGACAUGAGAGGAAUAUUGAGAUUACAGAUGCUGUGUUUGAGUGGGGGGGAACAAACUAGGGUGGAAGAAGAAGAAGACAAAUUGUAAAAGGGGGAGAGAUGUUGAGAUCAGAGUGUGACAGAACUGAUUAUCGGUGCUCGGGUUCCCCGCAGGAAACAGCUGUGAGUGUAUGUCCGUGUGUGUGCGCAUGAGUGCAUCGUCUCCAUGUGAAAGAGUGUUGUAGCAUGUUUCUUACUGUGACUGGCGCUGGGAAGCAGGUCCGCUACAAGAUGAAGCUCCCUGGGGCUCCCUGCAGGGCAUCAUAACACUGGUUAAAGCCAAGUGGGAGGAGAGACUGGGGACACACCGGUGACAUCAAGAAGAACUCAAGGCACGAAAAGUGAGACUGCAAAGUGGGACAGAAAACAAAUGAGCGUUGAAGACUUUUGUGAAUUUAAUUAAAGCUUGUAUUUAAUAGAGACAAGGAACUGGUUGCUGUCUCUGGCUCGCUAUUGGGAAGUCAGUAAAGCAAAAAAGGAACACAUGUAACUCAGAAGAAGAGAAACCACAGCGCUGGAACAAGGCAAGCUCUCCUUACAGACAGCACCACACUGACAAUUCCCUCCGCUGUCCUCUCAUUAUUUUAAUUACCUUCUUUUCUUUCAUUAGUUUUGUUUGUGUCCUCUCUGCUUAGCCCUUGGUAUUUUGUAUUCUGUCCUCCUCUCCCCAUUUCUCUUCCCCUCCCUCUUCCUCUUGCCUUCGCUCUCUCUGUCUCUUCCUCUCUUGUUCACUGUCACACUAACUGCAGCGGAUGUUGGAGUCACUCAUGUAGAAGCCACCUUGCUUGGAGCACAUUUGCCCAGCGGAUUUUUGUUGGAUGAUUAGAGCACUCUUAGAUUGAGAGACCGGGAGAGAUGACCAACAAGUAGCCUGGCUGCUGCUGAGCUCCACUAGAAGAGGAAGGACGACUUCAAAACCCACUGAUUUCCUUGGGGGUACUCGUGGGUAUUACGUUUCCAUAUAUUGUAAUCUUUCAGUUAAGACUGCAUGGACCAUUAGUAUUCAAAAAGCCAAACAAAAAUCCUGGUGUGGAUUACAGUAGUGGAUUUGUCCUGGAGCUACAUGUGGGCUCCAGCGCUCGAGGCCUGGCUGGGAAAUGAAGCCUUUCCCGCGGCUGUAGGAGCGCUGUGUGCAGCUAUGGCCCUGGAAGGGCACUGUCUCCGGAGGGGAUCCCCAGCGAUCAUCAGGAAGGGUCGUCAGCAGCGUCCUGCCAAGCCAACUCUGGCUGGAAUCACUUCCACCCUGCUAUCAAGGACACGCCUGCACGGCCUCAGGCAUGUUUGCCUCCCUGGUGGCUCUGUGGGCCGCAGGGCCUUCUGGCUGCUGGCCCUCUGCACCUCACUGGGGCUGCUUUUAUCCUGGUCCUCUAACCGCGUACUGCACUGGCUCUCCUUCCCCACACACACUAGGAUCCACACAGAGUGGGCCAAAGAGCUGGCCUUCCCCACGGUCACUAUCUGCAACAACAACCCUAUCCGCCUCUACAAGCUCACCAAGAGCGAUCUGUAUUUCGCUGGCCACUGGCUGGGCCUGCUACUAGCUAACCGCACAGUGAGGCCCCUGGUUCUGGACUUACUUCAAGAGGACAGUCAGCCCUGGUUCCGGAAGCUUUCAGACUUCAAACUCUUUCUGCCCCCAAGAAACUUUGAAGGGACCAACCUGGAGUUUAUGGACAGACUGAGCCACCAACUGGAUGAAAUGCUCCUCUCAUGCAAAUACAAGGGAGAGAUAUGCGGCGCACACAACUUCACUUCUGUGUUCACCAGGUAUGGGAAGUGCUACAUGUUCAACGCUGAAGAGGAGGGGAAGACGCUCCGCACCACCAUGAAGGGGGGGACAGGAAACGGACUGGAGAUCAUGCUGGACAUCCAGCAGGACGAGUACCUGCCGGUGUGGGGGGACACAGAGGAUACAACCUUCGAAGCAGGUGUGCGGGUGCAGAUCCACAGCCAGGCGGAGCCCCCGUUUGUUCACGAGCUGGGCUUUGGCGUGGCCCCCGGCUUCCAGACUUUUGUAGCAACACAGGAGCAGAGGAUAACCUACCUGCCUCCCCCAUGGGGAGAGUGCGAGUCAAAGGCUCUGGAGUCUGGGUUCUUCCAGGUCUACAGUGUGACCGCCUGCAGGAUUGACUGUGAAACACGCUACAUUGUAGAAAACUGUAACUGCCGGAUGGUGCACAUGCCUGGUGAUGCUUCGUACUGUACGCCUGAGCAGUACAAAGACUGCGCCGAGCCUGCACUUGCUAAACUCUCAUCUGUAGAGAGCAAUAACUGCCUCUGCAGGACGCCAUGCAACAUGACCCGCUACAACAAAGAGCUGUCCAUGGUUAAAAUCCCCAGUAAGACCUCUGCCCGCUACCUGCAGAAGAAGUUCAACAAGUCUGAGAAGUACAUCACAGACAACAUCUUGGUGUUGGACGUGUUCUUUGAGGCUUUGAACUACGAGACCAUCGAGCAAAAAAAAGCUUACGAGGUCGCUGGCUUGCUGGGUGAUAUUGGAGGCCAGAUGGGUCUGUUCAUUGGAGCCAGCAUCCUCACUAUCCUAGAGCUUUUUGACUAUGCUUAUGAGGUGGUAAAAGACAGACUGUUGGAUUUACUGAGCAGAGAGGAGGAGGAGGAGAGUCAUGGAGAGGAUGUGAGUUCCUGUGACCCUGUGGCAAACCACUCGGAGUCCAUCAGCCACACUGUGACCGUCCCCCUGCAGACAACGCUGGGCACCCUGGAGGAGAUUGCCUGCUGAGGCCCUCCCCCCCGCCCCUCAGAGCCCCACACAUCCAAAGGCUGCCUCCACUGGGUGGCGCUACAUAGGGCAACCUGCAGGACCCUAACAGGGGGGGGAGGAGACGAGGACAAGAACAGGGGGACGCUGCGCUCUGUCACACCGCCCUAUCUGAGGCACUAAUGGGGAUUAAAGAGCUGUCGGCUGGACUUAUCAGCCCUCUCUGUCACCCUGCACUGUACUCUGGUGGGACGGUAGCCUCCGCUGGGCCAGACCUGCAGUGGGGUCUCCACAUAGACGCACACGGAAAAGCAGAAACUGGGUGGGCUGACUUCCCACAAUGGGGUUCUCCCCUGUGCAGCAUAUCCAUGUUACAAACACAUUCAUAUGUCGCUCACUGCCAAAUGAACUGUACAAAACUGGUUUUGAACUGCAUGCAUCUAUCGAUCUAUCUUGCUCUCUUUGCUGAUGCUGGACUGCAGUGUUGCUUUACUGUACAUGUGUGCCAUUUGUCUCUCUCUAACUGCAGGACAGGCCUGUGAAAGGGCCCAGGUGAGAUAUCAACUUAGAAUGUACAGAUUGAACAUAUGGUUGUUGGAAAUCAUAGUUCAGAUGUGACCAAUCCUUCAAAAAACGAUUCUAAUGAGCGAUGUAUCAUUUCUGAUCCCAAGGUAGAAGGUGGUUGGUGAUGUAUGAGCAGGAAAAAAACACCGUUGCUCUCUGAAAAUAGUAAACUCAUUAUGCAGGCAGCAUUUUUAUUUUCACCUGUCAGUUUCAGUUGAAUCAGUUUACUAAAAGGCAUGUUUUCUACCUGACUGCCGGGGUGUUAAACUGUUCCCCAGAGACAUCUUUAAAGGGAUGUCAUACACUUACUGUUCAUUUAUGUGAAUACAUGACUUGCUGGCUUCUGGCUGCUGCACCCAAAGCAGCACCCAGCUAAGAGGUGGAAUCUGAAUUUAUUUGCCUGCCAGAGAGCAAGCUGUGUAGAAAAUGUUGCAUCGAAUAAAUAUGCGUUUUUGAACAGUUUUUCAUUAGCAGAAGUCAGGGUAAUGUUUAAGACAGCUCAUACCUCUUUAUCAAAGGUGGCAUCAUAUUGUCCUUCACCAAUAAAGAAAAAACAUUCUGGCAAUUAACAAAACAAUAAACAAAAGCACGAUGGGUUCAGCCAGGAUUAGGUAAGGAUACAGGAUCUGCUGUGAUAUGGUGUAAAUAUCUGUGUUCUGUUUUUUUCUCAUAAAAGCAGGUACAUGUCCGAAGCAGAAUUGUUCUAAAAAAAAAAAAGGUCCAGAAGUGACUUCACAUUUGUCAUUUUGUUCCUUAAUGUUACUCUCUCAGUGGUUGAGGAUGUUACCUAACAGGCAGUAGCAUUUUGACGGUUGUUGAAUGUCAUGCUAAAAAUGGAAGACACACUUUGCUGUAAGCACCUGAACCUCUCUGAACUUUCUGUGUCUUCAGAAAAAGUUGCAUAUAUACGGCUUUACACCAAAAGCUUGUGUGAGAAUAUGUGGAAGAUUUAGUGUCCAUGAUCAUCAUAGCUCGGUCUCUGUCAUCAUGGUUAUGUACAUUACAGGUAGGAAUGAAUUCAAGUGCUUUGUGAGACUGUUUGAAUUAUGAUUUCCCAUCUGUGGCUCAACGUGCCGUCUGUGUGUAUCUCAUGUUGUCGCUUCAGAUGAACACAAUCUUCAGCCUGCGGGGGGGGCGAGACAAAUGUGUCUCACUUCUCGUUCUGAUAACGACACCGGCUGAUUUCUCUCUCUAUUUUGGCUUCAAUUGUUAUCGCAGGACAGCUUUUUCUCAUUUUGUGAUGCAGCAUACAUUGUGUGUUUUUAAUGUGAAACAUUUAAAUAAAUAAAAGGUUGU